ACAUGGCCAGCAUCCUGGCGACCAGUAGCGGAGUAACUUUGAAGCGUUACGGUUGGUCGCGAUUUGGAGUCGGAGUAUCGCACAGGACCUCACAAGUUGCCCGGUCGAAGUGUGUUUACAUUGUUUGCAAGCCAAAAUUUGCAGUCGCCAUGAGCGGAAAUUUAUAAAAACUGAAAUAGUGUAACAAUUUUUCAAACGACGAAAAAUCCCCAAAGGGAAAUUCAAAGCCAGAAAAAUGUGGAAAAUGUACAUUUAUACAUUGGUAAUUGCGGUGGUUGCUGCAACAACUAGUGAAGCCAUAACAAAUGACUUGACUGCGAAAAGCAACAGAACGCUGUUGAAAAUUUCCACGGACGAAUCUAGGGAAAUUUCAGCUGUGGGCGGGUCAACCUCAACGGCCACGCCCACCACGACGGCCACAACCAGCACAACAACAACCCGGGCCACAACCGAGCGGGAGGAGGAAAUGGAAGAAACUUCCACACCAACAACAGUCGGGCUAAUGACAACCACCCAAAAGAUGGUACCAGCCGAUUUGGGUGAAAUAGGCAGCAUCAAGGAUGCACUGCAUCGGAUUAAACUGAGCGAAAAACCAGUGGACGCAGCGACAACCACCACGGAGCAACCAGAGGCCAUGGACCAGGAUGAGCAGGAUGAGGAGGAUGUAACCCCCACGAUUUCCCCGCUGCAAAUUCAGAUGCAGGCUGCUGCCUCCUAUCAAGUAGCCGAAACGUUGGCCGACUUGAACGAGGAGGAACGGGCCAGAUACGACGCCAUGUUGGCCCAACAGCCCACGGCCAGCAAACUGAAUAUAGUGGACCUAUACCCAUUGAAAAUCGAGGACAUUCAGCCAAUUAUACAGAACGAUAAUGAUGAGUUGAUUAAGCAGAGAACCGUGUUCAUCCAGCCUGAAAAUGCCGAGGAGUACAAGCAGAAUCUGAUGCCCAACGAAGUGGAGAUGAUGGUCGACAAGGAGGUGAUUGAGCUAAAGGACAAGAUUCAAGUAAAUCAGGAAAAGUUCGACAGCUCGACCACAGUGAAGCCCACCACAAGCAGACCGCACCAGGGAACGACAGCCGAUUUCACGGGCAAGCUGCUGGCCGAUCAGGAUGAUUUGAUUACCGAAAUCGAGAGCAAAUUCCAGCUGCACGAAACGACAACAUUGAGACCCAGAGCAACGACCAUGCAGCAUCCGGGAAACACAUUCAUUGAUCGCCGGGUCAAGAAGAGCUUCGAGUUUCCCAUGCAGCAUCGCGCCAGCGAUGUGAUGGCCAUGCCGCACAUUGACUUUGCCAACACCAAGUUCCAAACGGAUGCCGACGCGCCCAAUCCCCCAGCCUCGCAUCCCGAGUUCUCCACCACAAAGUUCUACAACAGCAAGGAGCUGUACAACGAAAUGCUGCUCCACAAUAAGCGCAAGUUAAUGAAGGCAGCCAAGGCUGAAGGCAGUCCGAUAAAGUCAGCGGAGGAUACAACUCGGGCCACAAGCUCGAACGUGACGCCAGAAGGGAAAACUUUUGGCCCAACCACAACUACAGCGGCGGGCAGCACCACAACAACAACUGCUGAGUCAACUAGCACGGCAGCAACAACAGCCAGACUGCCGGCAACAACCACUGGAAAAUAUCAGAAGCAGCUUAAGCGUGCCAAAUUAUUGCUCAAGGCCUUGACACCGCCAAAGUCGGAUGACAAGUUGACGGCAUACCCAUCAUCGACCACCAGCCCCACCACCAGCACCAGCACCAGCACCACCAGCACCACCACCACCACCAGCACCACCACAAUCGCCAGCCACACCACAACGAUGGCCACUCUGCUGGCCACCGCCAGGACUCGUCCUGCCGCAGCUAAUCCCACUAAGACCGCUUCAAAGCCAAUCGCCAGGCCGCGCAUCCUGAGUCGCCUGCAGGAGAAAAUCAAUUCGCUCGAGUGCGAGAUGCCCAAUGUGCCGCAGGACUCGCAUCUGUGGCGUGGCAACGAGACCCACGAACUGCUGCUGCCCAUUGUGACCACGGAGCACUGCAAGCCGGACGAGCACUGCGUCCCCAAUGUCCUGACUUGGCGAGGUGAGGCGGAGAUCCAGUCCGGCGACAUUUUAAUCGUGGAAAUCAAUGAUGCCAUGUUGAAUCCUUCGCACGAGCCGAACAACACCAGCAGCGCCGUCCAUGCCACACAGGUGUACCAGGUGACUCGUUCCGGCCACGAACACUGCGAUGUGACCGAGGGCGUCCUGCUGGAUAUCACACCGCUGGUGGUCGACGGCAGGAAGCUGGUUACCCUGUACGAUAAGGACCUCACCGAGGGAGUUAACCUGCUAAUUGUGGUGUCCGAGUUGUGGGGCGCGCAGUGUGUGCGCCUGAAGGUGACCACCAAAACCGACAAUUGCGGCGAGAACGCCGAUUGUUCCGGCAAGGGAGUGUGCUACUCGAACGCCGGAAUGGAGGAGUACGAGUGCCAGUGCUGCAGCGGAUUCGCCGGACCGCACUGCGAGGAGAUAGACGCCUGCAAUCCGAGUCCCUGCACCAACAACGGCAUCUGCGUGGACCUCUCGCAGGGUCACGAGGGCAACUCGUACCAGUGCCUGUGCCCGUACGGAUACGCGGGCAAGAACUGUCAAUACGAGUCGGAUCCCUGCAAUCCCGCCGAGUGCAUGAAUGGCGGCAGCUGUGUGGGCAACUCGACGCACUUUCGCUGCGACUGUGCUCCCGGCUUCACAGGACCUCUUUGCCAGCACAGCCUGAAUGAGUGCGAGUCCUCGCCGUGUGUUCAUGGCAUCUGCGUCGACCAGGAGGACGGGUUCCGCUGCUUCUGCCAGCCAGGAUUCGCCGGCGAGCUGUGCAACUUCGAGUAUAAUGAAUGCGAAUCGAAUCCGUGUCAGAAUGGCGGCGAGUGCAUCGAUCACAUUGGCAGCUACGAGUGCCGCUGCACGAAGGGAUUCAGUGGCAACCGCUGCCAAAUUAAGGUUGAUUUCUGCGCCAACAAGCCCUGCCCCGAAGGACAUCGCUGUAUUGAUCAUGGAAAUGAUUUCAGCUGCGAAUGCCCAGGAGGUCGCAACGGACCGGAUUGUAAUCAAAUGCCACGAACGUACUUCCAGCAAUGCAACGUGAAUCCGUGCACCCAUGGCGGCACUUGUUGGUCCAGCGGCGAUAGCUUCUACUGCGCCUGUCGUCCCGGCUACACAGGAACCAUGUGCGAAGAUGAGUUCGUGGUGGAGACGGUCGUUAGUUCCAGCGAAUUUAUUGUGGACGAUGCGAACGCCAGAAAUUUUAAUGACAAAACUUUCGGUUCAUCGGUUGUGCUUAAGAGUCCCAUUGAAUUGCAUAAUGCAUAUUUUGCGGCCGGAGUCCUGGCAGCCGCCAUUUUCAUCGUUGCCGUUGUGGUCACCAUUUGUCACUGCAAGGUCAAUCAGACGUAUCGGAAAUUCUCAACACGUUCCACCUCGUUUAUACCCAUUCUGGGCUUCAGUCGCCGCCCGAAAAUGCAGGGCAAGCUGAACAAACACUGGCUGAGUGGCAAGGGGGCCACCGCGACCAGCAGCACCAAUAAUGUGGCGCCCCCGGGUGGACCGAGGGCCGGCGGAGCAGCAGGCGCAGCAGGAGGAGCAGCUGGGCAGCAGCAGGGAACCCGGCAUCUGGCUGGACAGAUGCAGACGCAGACCACGCUGGGUGGCCAGCUGCAGGAGCGACCUUUUCAGCGGCACCUGGCCAUGAAUCUGGAGAACGACAUGUACUACACGGUGGACUUUAGCGAGAACUCACAGCACUCGCCGUUGAUACAGUGAGACUUGGAUAUGAGCGGCGGAUGGCUGGUCAAAUUCACUCCACGCAAAGAGGAGUGAGCGGGUUGGGUUCGGGUUCGGGUGAUUGUGUAAUUAUCUUUGAUGCUACUCGUUGAAUAUUCCAAAUAUUGAACAGUAUUCGAUAAUAAUAAACUAAAGAGGUGUGUGAACUAAUUUAAUGAUUACGAUUCCGGCUAAUGCAAACACAAAUAUGUAUGUAACAUAUGAGUAAUACAUGAAUCUCUGGCAUACAUUGCAUAACGUAGGCUUAGCUAACUUGUUUAUCAACGUUUAUUUUGGCUAAGCACACACACACACGCACACACGCACACACAAGGCACACUGACACAGAAAGGAUAAUGUUUGAUUAUAAAAUACCACGUUGGAAGGGAGAUCAUCUGGCAUUACGUAAAUGUUUAAUAAGCUUGCAUUAAGCCUUCUUCAGUUGCCCAGACUGCCCAAUCCUAUUUGUCCGAGGAAACAUCAAUUUAUGUUGUUUUCUCAUGUGGAAUCGUAUUAGGGCUGGUCUCAAGGAGCAGACACGGCAGACCAUCUCGGCUAAUUGUGGCCACAAAAUCUUCAUAAAUUUGGUAUGCAAAUUUGCUAUGCCCAGUCCCAAAUUAAAGUUUAUAGGUGCGCAUUUGCAUAUGGACAUUUCAAAGAGAUUAAAUGACUUUGCUGGCCGAGUUCAAAAAGAUAUCUCCUUCAAUGUAAUUAGUGUGAGAUGUGCUUGGGAAACCCAAAGCCUUUAGCAAAACAUAAAAGAGAGCCAAACUAAUUAUGCUUGCUGGUCCGAAAAUAUGACACUCUAAUGAGAAACAGACAUAGAAUUUGAUAGGUUUUAAUAAAGCAUGG